UUAAUAUAGCCCCACGAAACAGAAAAUUAAUGUUGGGGCGGUUACCAUUGUCAAUGCAUCAUAUAAUAAUCAUUAUAUAUGCACACCAGAUAACGUGAUCGGACUUAGAUCUCUGUGUUGGCUGUUGAGCAAAUAAUUAAGUAUUCAUGUACCUAAUCUCAAGUAUUUUCUAGUGACUACAAGGUGUUUGUCAAACGCAGAUUCUCAAGUGUCAAAUUAUGACAGCUUAUAUAAACGAUGUUAUACAGUAAUUCUUUGACCGGUUAGCCAAGAGUUAUAUAUACAACCUUGAUUUUUUCCUGGGGGAUCGAACACUCAACCUCCUUUUUUGAAAAGGGAAAAGAGCUUAUACUACUAAAUAUUUUGUGUAUGUGAACAUUGCAAUAAAGGUUUUUCUUUUAACAUAAUAUUUUUAAAGUUAAUUUGAGGUUCUUAGGUUUAAUUAAUAACCACCAAUAAAGGGUUUUAAAUUUUUUUUUUUUUAAACCCCAUGAUGCAAAUUUCAAUAUAUUGACUCGUCUUUAUGUAUCACCAAAGAAAUUAUGUGACAUCCACUGCAGGCCACCACCAUGUCCUUCAUCUACAGUAAAAACUGUGGAUUUAGUUGAGAGUAAUAAUAUUUAUGCUUACUUGUUUGGUCGAAGAAGUAACUGAGAUUCUUAUGUAGUAUUGUCAGCUAUACAAAUAAGUCAAGGAAAUAGACUAAAGAAUCAUUUUCUUUUGGAUGGUAGAGUGCGGUCAAUUUAUUGUAGGAUCCAAACCUGUUGGCUUCUGCCCGUAUGAACACAGACAUCGCGUUGCUUGUCACCCAAAAAAUGCUGCAAAAGCUUCAGCUUAAUAAUAUAUAUUAUUAAGGUAUGCUUAAUAAUAUAUCACAGCUAAUAAAGUAUAAUUAUUUUGGGAAUGGUGAUAUAUUUGUGCCAUAUUAAAAUUUAAGCAUAGUAUUUGCUCAAGUCUUAGCUAGCAUAACUUCAGCUUUUACCUUUUUUUAGUACCAAGUGAGUACACUAUAUUGUACUGUUGCCCACCUAAUUAUUUUAAAAGUAUAUUGUUAUAAUACGAUUCUUGUGAAUAUAUAUUUGAACCCUUGUUCCACGUUUGCCAAUUGCCAUGCAAGAAUCUUUUUCAAUAACAACCUUCCUCAGUACCUUGCAUCUACUGAAUGGUAAGAGAUCGAUGCUUCUAUAUGUAUACCACUAAUUAGUAGAUGCAAGGUACUGAGGAAGGUAGGUACAUAUAUACCUUCCUCAGUUCUCUACAACUAAUAAUUAUAGGUAUGAGCCCCAUGCUUUCAUAUAUGUAUAUAUAUAUAUAUAUAUACACACACACGCGCAUAUAUGUGUACAUACAUAUAUGUGUGUGUGUAUAUAUAUAAGGGGGCUAAUUUUGAACAAAAAAAAAGCCUCCCUCAUGACCAACACAGAAGAACAGGAGAAAAAUGGCUUCUUGGUCUGCUGAGAAUGCUACCAAAGCUUACCUCCAAACCCUUAAAAUGGGAAAGGGAGAAAACGAGCCUGAUGCAGCAGAGUUCAUUUCCGCGCUCGCUGCAGGCAACAAUAAGAAACUCAUGGUCACGGCAUGUGCAGGAACUGCUGGUUCCAUCAUACUAGCUUUAGUUGCCGCGGCACAUCAAACUGGUGGCCGUGUAGUGUGCAUCUUACCGGGGCCUAAUGAGCUGCAAGCAUCACAAAGUGCCUUGGGACACCAUGCACGUUGUAUCGAGUUUGUUGUAGGGGAUGCUGAGACACUACUGUCGAAGGACUACAAGAGUGGUGAUUUCAUACUCGUCGAUUGCAAUAUCAACAAUCUCAAAGGAGUUUUGGUGGUGGCGCAAAGGGCUGUAAGUCAUGGCGGUGCCCUAGUUGUAGGGUACAAUGCCCGUCACGAGGGGUCGUGGUUGAGUGAAUUGAAGGCACAAUUUUUACCCAUUGGAGAGGGGCUAAUGGUGGCUAAAACAGCUGCAGGGAGGAGAAUUGGUGGUGGUGGUGAGAAGAAGAGCCAUUGGGUAGUUGAAAUAGAUAAGCAUACAGGUGAGGAGCAUUUUUUUAGGAUCACAUCACCUUAGGGGAAAGAGACUGUUGAAGCUUAGCGCUAUUUAUUUGGUCAGAUUGAGACGGACACUACAAAAUUUAGUGGUACCAACUUCAAACAGUUAUUGUACAUAACAAACAUGUAAAAUACGAAUGGCUCUUUAAUUAAUUAUCUUGAGAGGUUAGAUGAUGAGUAUAUUUUAUUUGAAUUUGUUAUGCUUCGACUUUAAUUUCCAUGAAAAUUAAUUUCAGUGAUGGUAAGAUGUCUAUUUGGUGGUUAGUUAUAUAGAAAAAUGAAUAAUUAUAAAAAUGAAAGCUUUCCGCCAUGAACUCUGAGAACUCCCAAGUUAAAAUACAUGGAUAAGGGGUAAGAUGGUAAUAUCCACACAAAAUCUAAUUAAGUUGAACAAUGUGACAAGAAUCUUUAAUACGCAAUUAAUUUAGAAUUUGAAACGACAAAAAAAAAAAAAAAAAAAAAAAAAAAGAGUAAGUACAGCAAUUAAGGUUUGUCAAAAAGACAUAGAAAUGAAACUUAACUGUUUUUUUUUUUUGGACAAAAACACUCUUGAAGGUUCAAAAGUGGAUAAAGACACCCUUAACAUGAAAAAUUGACCAAAUUACCCUUUAAUCAUUUAGUGACCUAUUUAACUCUACAAUAUAAAAAAUUGAACCAAUCUGCCCUUAUGAACAAUUUAUGCAUAAAAAAAGAUAAAUAAAUAAAUAAAUAAAAUUGGCAGUCUCUCUCUCUCAAUAGACCAGAAGGCUCUUCCGAGAACACUCAGACCUAUACUCCGAACUGGGUUGCUCAAACUUAGGCCUUCGGCCAUGCCUAGAACCAUAUCCUGGUCCCUCCGGUUCCGGCCUUCGGCCAUACCCACCCCUAAAUUCUGAAUCUGUUCAUGCCGCCGUUCAGAUAGUAGACGCGAUGGC